AUGACUCGAUCUCGCGCCGGUAUCCACCGACACAGCACGCACUACGCCGCCGACGAGUAUGCGCGCGUGGUGUCGACCUCGUCCUCUCCAUCGUCACCCAUCCCCUCGUCCGCACGCGCGGCCCUUUGUGAUCCACAUUGGCUCGCCGCGAUGCGCGAGGAGUUCAAUGCGUUGCAGCGCAACCGCACGUGGCAUCUUGUUCCGUGGCCCCCUCGUGCCAACGUCAUCAGUGGAAAAUGGGUGUUUUGCCACAAGACCCACGCCGACGGUUCUCCCGAGCGCUACAAGGCUCGCUGGGUGGUGCGCGGCUUCCGCCAGCGCGCCGGCAUGGACUUCACCGACACCUUCGCCCCGGUCGUUAAACCAGGCACGAUCUGCACGGUGUUGCAGCUGGCGAUCUCCCGUGCCUGGCCCGUGCAUUAG